UCGACGAUGGAAGUUAACGGGUUUCAUCAUGAUAAUUCGGUAGAUAAGAAGGCAAUUGUCACUGACCGUCUUCAGAAAAGGGAGCUAGAACGACAAGAAGAUAUCCAAAAACGAAAGGAAGAGAAGGAUAACUCAUCUAAUGCCAAGGAAAGCACCAGGUACUUCUCCGAUAAUUUCAACAUUCAGAGAGAAUCGGUGGAAAGAGCCUUAGCAACAUGUAACGGGAAUUGUUCUGAUAAAAUCAUAUUGCGCGAGCGUUUUGAUUUCGUUGCCCAAUCGUAUCAGAAGCUACAGAAAUUUGUUGCCGAUUCUGUUAUGUUUCUGCCUUCCUACGAUUUACGGUUGGCCCAAGAAACGCUCAGCAAGAUGCAAGCACAAAUCCAGGAAAAGAGGGAGCAAAUGUUACCUAAGAAGAAGUUCGCGUUUAGUUCUAGAAAGAAAGUUGACAAGGACGCACACGUUAUGACAAAUGGUGCCCAUAAAAUUAUAGAAAAGACCGACAAUCUAGGCAUUGAUCUUGCUGGAUGCAAGAUAGUUGGAUUCCAGGGGGCAACUCUUGUUAAAGAGAGCAACGACAUUACUGGUAAAGAUGUAGCUGUGACCAACCUCAACGACUGCACGCUGAAGUUACUUGGGGCACCAUCUACAGUGCAUAUGAAAAAUCUGAAAAAUUGCACUGUUUUAUGUGGACCAGUUUCAAGUUCAGUCUUCAUCAGUGACUGUGAAGAAUGUGUGUUUGUUCUAGCAUGUCAGCAGCUAAGAACACACUCUACCAAAAAUUCCAGUAUAUACCUGCAUGUUACAAGUAGGGCCAUUAUUGAGGACUGUAAAAAUCUGGACUUUGCACCGUACAGUCUGAGUUACCCUGGUCAAAAUGACCAUUUUGACAGAUCAGGACUUGAUAAAAGCCGUAAUAACUGGAAUGAUGUGGAUGACUUCAACUGGCUGGCCAGUGAUGUGCGCUCCCCGAACUGGGCUAUCAUGGAAGAGGAAAAAAGAAAGAAAUUCUUGGAGGAAUGAGACAUUAAAAAGAAAACAUUAAUUUUUUCAUAGAAAAUAAAUGGUGUUGUUUAGCAUAAGUAUUGACAUGGGGCAUGUUCAGAAUACAUAUGUUUCACAUUCUGAAUUUAUCUCGUGGUAUGUGCAGACAGAAAAGGUAUUAAAAAUAGAUUGGUGUUUUAGUUGAUUAAAGUACAUUAACACCUUUUCAGAUAUGUCUUGCAUAAAAUAUAUCUUCCAAUCAGUGGAUAUUUUGUAUUUGCAGAAUAGCUUCAAAUCAAAGACAUCAUAUGCUCAGUUACAUGUAUGUCAUAAUUUGUGUUUGAAGGUUAUAUAAUCUUUUUCAGACUUUUUUAUCUUUGUUAGAUUUUACAUAAUGAUAUAACAUAACUAAGAGUGAUUCAGAUCAGAUUUUUAUCCGAUAUAUAAUACAAAAAUCGGAUAGCUCUAACUAUGGCCCCUGUUCAAAGGUUGGUUUAACGUUACAUGAAAGGUAAAAUUAAUGAGUUUAAAGGUUUUAAAACCAGUCUGAGGACUUUGUAGCUGUUUGUCAACCUGUUUGAUACAUUUAAUGAUUAAUAAUUGGCAUAUUUACCAAUGAUAAUGGAUGGCCACUUAGAAAGUGUAAAUGAAAUUUGUUGAAAUUGCUCUCUCUUUUUUGUUUCUCUAUAUCUCCAAAGUUGAACUGCCUGACAAAUUGACAUCUAGCUGUUGUGCUAAAUUUGACCUGAUAACUGCUCUGUGCACUAUUUAAUUACAGUAACACAAAAGGGUUGUGCUAAAAAAAAUGUAGAGGGAAGAGUUUCCACAUUUAAUGUCUCUAUACUGGACAUCAGUGGGAAAAACACAAUUUGUAUGCAGAAAAAAAUAUGUACAUAUUUUAACCUUGUAAGAUGUCAUCAGUUAUUAUUGGCUGGGUAUAGAAUUAAAAGGCUGUUUAUUGUUAUGUAUUGGUAGACCCCCUAAAGUUUAAAUUUUAAUUAAAUGUAGUUAACUUUUUAUGGUGUUUAAUAAAGUGCACAUAUCCUCUAGCUGUGUAGAUAGUAAAAAAAAAAUGUCAAAUUAUAGAUGGAUCAGUGUUAAGCUAUAUUUGGAACUUUUAUUAUACUGUUUUCUGUACUAGUGGCAUGAAUGAGGAGUUAAAUGUAAUACACAUGUUCAAGUGCUCAAGGAAUUUAGAUCUGUGUCAGCCAAUGGAUAUGGAUACCAUUUAAGAAAAAUUAUCCAGGAAAAAUGGAUUAAAUACAGAGUUAAUUCAAAUUUAAAGAAUUAUAUAUAUAGUGUUGUUUAACCUCUGUCCAUUUUGAUAUAUAACAUGUCAUUAUAUAUACCUAAUUGGAAUGAUAUGUUGAGAAAAGUGCUUUAUAUCAUAUAAAUAACUGAUUGAGCUGUGAUUUUAAUA